AUGAAGUGUUUAAUAAGAUUCACACAAACACACGAGACGUUUCGUCUCGCCGAGAUCCAAGCCUUAGCAGAGCUUGAGAAUAUCCCUUUAGAGGUUGAACACUAUGCUUCAAAUUCACCAUUCUGUUUCAUAGACGUCCCGUCUGCAGAAGCAGCUGCACGGCUUAUCAAGAGAAGCAUUCUCUCCAAAGCCAUUUACGAGGUUUGGGGAAAAGGUUCUACGUAUGAAGAUCUUCAUCAUGAUAUAAAGACACAUACAAAAGAAUCAUGGCCUCUUUAUAAAAACUGUUCUUUCAAAUUUACCGUGGAUUGUUUCCAAAAUACCAGAUCUACCACCGAGCAACGAGCACUCAUCAACGAGUUUCGAUAUUUGGAAUUUGCAGGACCUAUCAAGAUGAAAGGAGCUGAUGAAGAAUUUUGUAUCUCGGAAGAAUGGCAACUUGAUGCUGCUGCUAAUGGUAUCAACACACCUUCACAUGUAACCUUUGGUCGAUUUCUCGGCGCUAGCGAAAGAGAUAUUGUGGGGAAGUAUGAUCUCAAGAAACGGAAAUAUAUCAGUACGACCUCUAUGGAUUCUGAACUUGCACUGGUCACUGCCAAUAUCACAUUAGCAGCACCGGGAAAAUUAUUCUAUGAUCCAUUUGUUGGCACGGGUAGUUUUCCAGUUGCAUGUGCACAUUUUGGAGCUCUUGCUUUCGGAAGCGAUAUUGAUGGACGAAGUAUUCGAGGAAAGGGAAAGAAGAAUUUACAUUCUAAUUUCGUGCAAUAUGGUCUCACGAAUCAAUUUGGAGAUACUUUCGUGGCGGAUCUAACAAAUACUCCGUUAAGAUGUGCUAGAUUAUUCGAUGGUAUAUUAUGUGAUCCACCAUAUGGUGUCCGAGAAGGUUUAAAAGUACUAGGGAAUAGAGAUCCUACUAAACCUAAGGUACCAAUAAUGUUAGAAGGCGAAACACAACCUCAUCAUUUACAAGAAGCCUACAUCCCACCCAAAAAACCAUAUUCGUUCCUGGCAAUGCUAGACGACAUCCUCGAUUUCGCAGCCAUAUCUCUCGUAGAAAACGGCCGUCUAUCCUUCUGGAUGCCUACCGCCAACGACGAAGAUCAAGAAAUCAAAAUCCCUUCUCAUCCCUGCUUACAUAUGACAAGUGUCUGCACACAAGCCUUUAACAAAUGGUCCAGAAGACUUAUUACAUAUAGAAGAAUACCAGAUUCAGAGGUAGAUCCGGAGGAGAUUCGUGAGAGGAAGGCGAAUGGGACGGGUGUUACGGCGGAUGAGUUGAAUCCUUUUAGAAAGGGAUAUUUUCAGGGUUUUAAAUCGGUGGCUAGGAAUACGGAUAAAUAG